CUUUAACUCUUCUUCUCUUUCUGUUCUUGGUAUCUCCGAUUCUUACUAAAGGCUUACGAGGUUCAGCUAUGGAAGCUCACAUGCAGAUGAAAAUCCCAGUGUUUAAUGGAGACGACCAUGAGAUUUGGAGUAUAAAGAUGAGGACUCUUUUGAUGGCUCGUGACCUGUGGGAUAUCGUAGAGAGUGGAGUCUCUGAAGAAAAUACGAACCAGUCUUUGGAGGAAUCGGCUAAGAGGACGAAAGAUCUGAGAAUCAAGGACAUGACAGCUCUUCAUAUGCUGCAAAUGUCGGUAACAGACUCUGUCUUUUUCUUGAUAGCAAGAGCUACAUCGUCAAAUCAAGCAUGGGAGAUUCUCAAGGCAGGCUUUGGAGAGACCGAGGAGUUUAAGCGUAGGAAAAGGGGGGAUCUUGUGGGGGAGUAUUUUAACAUGGUGAUGAAGGAAGAAGACAGCUUUGAUGAGUUCAUUGAAAAGUUUAUGAAGCUUGUGAACCGGUCAAAAUUCUAUGGAAACGACAUUUCUGAUCAAGAGCUCAUCAGUAGGAUCUUUUGUAGAUUGCCUUCAAGGUUUGAUCAGGCUCGAAUCAACAUUCCUCGUGGAAAAUAUUAAAUAAGUGAAGUUGUGUACAUCUUGCGAGAUGUAGAAUAUGAGUUUAAGAAGCGUGAAGAAGCUUUGCAAAACCACAAAAACUCCAAAAACAAGAGAGGUAGACGAUAUCGAUAGAGAGCUUUUUCUACAUACUGUAUGUUUUUUUGGUUGCUGAAAAACAAUUUAGGAAGCAAAUAUUGUGUCGCUUAAUGGUCGAGAAACUCUAAAAUAGAGGUGCAUUUGUCUUGAAUGGUUAUCUCUAUUUUUCCCUCUAAAAAUGAAUAUUCUCAAUAUAUUUUUUUGUUAUUUGUUCUUAA